AGAGGAGAGAAGAUGACGGACGCACAGAGCAGAUCCUCCCUGGACGUGUCGGAGGGGAAGUUGAUGAAGAAGGGCUCCAUCAAGAAGAAGAUCGACUCGUUGAGGCGAUGGAGCUCGGCGAGCAUGAAGAGGCAUCCCAAGCCCACGGCCAAGGGCCUGAGCCUGUCCUCCCCCGUGGGAGACCCCGGCGCCGUCUGGCUGCAGGAGGGAGACCGGAGGAAGCUGGGGCCCAUCGUGGACUCGGUCUUCGGACAGGACAGAACUCUACGACCAGAGGAAAUGGAAGAGCUGCGUGAGGCGUUCAGGGAGUUCGACAAGGACAAGGACGGCUUCAUCAGCUGUAAGGACCUGGGCGAGUGCAUGAGGACGAUGGGAUACAUGCCGACGGAGAUGGAGCUGAUCGAACUCAGCCAGCAGAUCUGUGGCGGCAGAGUGGACUUUGAGGACUUUGUUGAGUUGAUGGGUCCCAAGAUGCUCGCCGAGACCGCCGACAUGAUCGGAGUCAAGGAGCUGAGGGAUGCCUUCAAAGAGUUUGACUCCGACGGCGACGGUCAGAUCAGCCUCGGGGAGCUGAGGGAAGCCAUGAAGAAGCUGAUGGGGGAGCAGCUGAAACACCGCGAGAUAGACGAGAUCCUGCGAGACGUGGACCUCAACGGGGAUGGAGAGGUGGACUUUGAAGAGUUUGUGCGAAUGAUGUCUCGCUGAUUCAUCACCAAACCUCAACACAACACCGUUAAUGUUCUUGUUAUUUCUUCUUACAAAGACGUAUUGGUGUUUGUAGUUUUAUUGUUUUCUGUCACUUUCAUUUCUCAAGUAUAAGAGAAUUCCCUUUUUAAUGUGUCACCCUUGUGUGAAUGUAUUUAACAUGUGACGAGAGAUUAUAGAGCAAAGACUCAAGCAACGGGAUAGUGUGUGUGUGUGUGUGUGUGUGUGUGUGUGUGUAUAAAUUGUGUCCCCACAUGACACCUCCUUGUCAAGUCCUCACGUGUCACCAAGUUCAAGUCAGUGUAUGUGUGUGUGCGUGUGUGUGUGUGUAAAUUGUGUCCCCACGUGACACCUCCUUGUCAAGUCCUCACGGGUCACCAAGUUCAAGUCAGUGUAUGUGUGUGUGUGUGUGUGUGUGUAAAUUGUGUCCCCACGUGACACCUCCUUGUCAAGUCCUCACGGGUAUGCGAGUUCAAGUCAGUGUGUGUGUGUGUGUGUGUGAGUGUGUGUGUGUGUUAGGGAUGGGAUUAACUCUAACACUAAAUGUAGGCGUUGUGCGGCCCCUUUGAGAUUUUUCUGAGAGUCAUUGUAUUUUAUGUGAGCUGACCCGUUAAAUAAAUACAGUUUCUUACAUUAUUUAUUAUUAUUUUAACUAAUUAAUAACUCUUAAUUAAAAUGAGGAUUUGUUCAAAGCAACAUCUUAAAUUCUAACUUUAAUUCAACCAUUAGAAAUGUGAUUGUGUGACAUUAUUGUAGGGUAGUUAGUAAAAGUGUAUAUAUAUGUAUAUUCAUAUAUAUACAUAUAUAUAUACAUAUAUACAUAUGGAUUUUUGGUGUCUGCUACACAUAGAUACAAAUGAUGUGAUGUUUUCCUUGGUGGAAAUAAAUCGAAAGAGUCUCUUAAAGUACAUGAUUAUUUUUUUGCAAUCAUAUAUAUAUAAUUUAUGUUUUAUUUGGACAGUCUUUGUAAGGUCAGAUCUUUAAUAAAACAAUGCAUUGUAGAUAGACAAAAAAGUGACUCAGAUUGAUAAUAAACUUGUUUUUA